AUAGGCACUUGUAUUUUUGUCCAUGAUAGAUUUCUGCGUACUUAUACUUCAUGCUCUCGAAGAAACUGAUUAAAUAGCUGUCCAGACCGUGUUCGUGUAGAAAGUCACUUUUGUUUAAUAAAUAAAUAACAAACAAUCUAUUAACCGAAAUUAGUGAGUUAAGUGCGAUUGAAGCUAGUGCCUUUCAGUUUGGGGUCGUUUAUAAGAAAAAUGCAAAAUGAUCAAGAAAGUUUCGGCGUGUUGUACGAGAGUGAUAAGUACGACCUGCAACAGUUUCUGCAAAACCAUCCCGGAGGAUUGAAUUAUUUAGCGCCGUAUAAAGGGAAAGAUAUCAGCAAACGAAUGCAAGACAGCCAACAUUCCAGAGCGGCUUUUUACUUAUUUAAGGAAUACAAAAAAGAUGGAAAAAGAAAACAAGCCAACGGCGACGGGGAAGAUUUUGAAAAAUUAGUAGACUGGGACAAACCAAUGCUGGCUCAAGUGGGCAGUUUAGGCACCCAAUACAAAGAAUGGGUGAUUUCUCCGGUAGAUCGCAAUUUGCGCUUAUUUGGGAACCCGAUUUUGGAAAAUCUAAGUAUUACACCGUGGUACGUUGUGCCUGUGAUUUGGAUUCCCAUUAUAAUGUUUUUAAUACAAAUCGGUGCCCAACAGUACGUUGAAACGACCAAAGAUACAAACCGAGCAGGAAUCAUUUUAUAUGUAGGUUUAGGAAUAAUCGCAUGGAGUCUGAUGGAAUACUCUUUACACAGAUGGGUAUUCCAUAUGGAACCUUCAGGGUACUCGAAAUUGAUGAUUUAUUUGCACUUUGCAAUACACGGACUGCAUCACAAGGUACCGUUUGAUACGAGAAGAUUAGUGUUUCCACCAUUCCCAGCUGCCAUCAUUGCCUUGACGUUAUACAAAGCGUUUUCCUUUAUCUUGCCCGAGUCCGUUAUUGUUUUAUUCGUUGCAGGCGGACUUGUAGGGUACGUGACUUAUGAUAUGAUUCAUUUCUAUUUGCAUUAUGGCUCUCCGAAGGAAAAUAGUUACUUUUACAACCUGAAACGGUAUCACAAUCAGCAUCAUUUUGCGCACCAUGAUAGCGGGUUUGGAAUAAGCAGCAUUUUCUGGGACAAGGUAUUUGGCACGGCAAUUAACCUGAGAAAAUUGGGCAUGAGUAUAAUCUGGUAAAGCUAAUCCGCUUUACAAAUAGGCGCAACAAGUGUUGAUAAUUUAAGCAAUAAGAGGUUAAACGAUGCAAGUAAUUCAACAAACUUAAAGAAUGUGAUAAUUUGGCUUCAUAGGAGUGGCCAAAGCGAUUCGGAAAUUUCUUGAAGACACCCAACAUCAGAAGACUCUACCAAGAUCCAACAAGSGCUGAUCAAAGACUUGCCAAUGUUAUAUAAAACGAAAUUAAAGGCGGUGAUUAAAAUUC